AUGGCAACGGUACAUUUUGAUCCAGAAGCAACCAGGAACGACGACGACGCAAUCGGUGACAUUGUAGCAGAGAGUUCGUCUGCUUCUGGUGAAAAUAAUCCACCAGAAGAGCAAUCUCAAUUCAAUUCGAAUUCUUUCAGCGGAUGGGAGGAAGACAUUCACGUCGAAGACUUGGAAGAAAAGGAUCGUCGAGGAAGCGCACACGGAACCGACCUAUCAAAAGACUCUUCUUCUUAUUCUUCGCUGUCCGAUUUGGAAUAUGGCAGUGAGAAGGUGGCAAUAGGAAGAGAGAGAGCCGUCGGCAUCGUAAACGCCAAAGUGGUCACAGAAAUAUUUAUGGCAGUCGAGAUUAUCAUCAUGGUAGAAGCAAAGCAAAAUACCGAAACCAUUUCAGAUCAUAUCGUCUUUCAUCAAGGUACCAUUGGUCUGUCAUUUGAAGGAUUUGAACGAGGAUUUGACACUAGAGAGCAGCGAUUACUGGAAACUUUAGUGGUAGACUCGUACAAUCUCGUGACAAAAGGAGGUACAAGCAGAGAACAAGCUAUCGGCUGUGCUGACGUGUAUCAAAGAGAGAUGCAAAAUUCAACGAUGACAAAUCAAGUAUUCGAUGCCAGGAAUGAUGAUAAUCCUUCAACUCUUGAUUUGACCUUUGAUUCUUGGGUGAUUUGCAAUGGAUGUCCCGAUGAUCUCCCAAUGAUUGGUCGAUUUUCAGAAGUUGAUGGCCCAUCAAUUAGUCGCGGAUUGCAACGCGUUCAAGAUGACUUAUUGACUUUGGAAGUGGAUCUUGACCUCCUCGAUCAACUGCUGAGAGAGGUGGUGAGAAAGAUUGUCGACUUUGCCGACUCGGGGGAAGAUAGCACCCCUGUGGUACUUUUCAAUGUUCCGAUCGGAUAUGAAGAACCCACAUCAAACAAUGGUCGCGAGGUCAUAUUUCAAAACCCUUCGGCUUGCGGGACAGCCAAUCCAGACUUUUAUCCAGGCAUCUGGCGCACGUCAUUACAAGGCGUCACUCGAACACUCUUUGUUGACGAGAUUGGGGUCAUUGAAGACUUGAUGUUGGAAACCUACAACGGUGUAGCCAUCGGUAGAACCGAGCAGCCAGACUGCGCUGACCGUUACCGACGAGAAAUGUCGCGAGCGAGACUCAUAGACCAGCAGUUUGUCGCUGCCCAAGGCGAUGAUACCGUAACAGCACUCCAUAUGACUUUCAAGACAUGGCUGAUAUGCAAUGGGUGUUCAGAUGUGAUUCUGCUGUUUGGAACAGCUGAUGAAGCAAAAAUUAGCAAUGGCGACUUUUCAUAUGAUUCAAAAAUGAUGGAAAUCGCUCUUCGUGACCUCAUUGCUCGGAUGGUGGGUCUGAUCAAUACAGAUUCUUUGUCAUCGAACCUUCUUCCAACCAAGGCAUCGAUCCUUCCUCCGACGCAAGUUGGAUCAAAUGGCAAUGGAAAUGGAGGUUCAGAAGGUGGACAAGGUGCAGCAUUUGCGCCGUUGUUGAACAUUCCCAUUAUUACUGAAACCGAUGAAAAUGGGGAGAUUUUGGCGAAUGUCCCAAAAGCAUCCGCAUGCGGAUUACUAGAUCCCAGUUUCUACCCAGGCGAUCUGCGGAUGACCUUUGAGGGUUUCGAACGAGUCUUUACAGAAGAGGAAGCUGCGUUGAUCGAGCCAAUUGUUCUAUCCUCGUACAACACAUUGACCAAAGGUUCUAACACCAAAGAGGGUGUAUGCGUCGAUCCAUACAAGCGUGAGAUGACAAGUGCCUAUCUAGCAGAGCAAAAAAUUUCGGUACCUCCAGGAGGUGAUGAAGUGUCAGUGCUGGAUUUGGUAUUUGAGACAUGGGUGACAUGCGAUGGCUGUUCGGAAGAAGAGGCAGUAUUUGGGUCUGCUGGUAGCUCUCGAAGGAGGACUCAAGAUAGCGUUGGUGGCGAUAACUUGGAUUUGGACUUUGUGGAAAUUCAUAUGGAAGAAGUUGUGGCAGGAAUAUUCGAGCUUGUACGCUUCGGUGCUCUACCUGCUAUAUUCGUUCCAGAAAAGGUGUACGUCAAGGGUAGAGGGCCAAGCGGUGGGAGCGGAAGCGUUUUGUUGGAUGUUUCCAUUCUCGUGAACUACCGAGAACAAACGGGAUACUCUGUCCAAUUUCCAGGACCAAGUCAAGCUCCUUCGAUCAGCAUGGUACCUAGUAGUAUGCCAAGUGAUGUACCUUCAUUGAGUAUGGUGCCAUCCGAUGUCCCCUCUGACGUUCCUUCAGACUCUCCCAGUACCGUUCCAAGUGAUGUGCCCAGCGUGAUUCCAAGUGAUAGUCCGAGCAGAAUUCCAAGUGUGAUUCCGAGUCUGCAACCAAGUUCGAUCCCAAGCGCGAUACCAAGUGACUCGCCCAGUGACGAUCCAAGUAGUCUUCCUUCUGUGGUACCAUCAAUCAUUCCGAGCGAAUCACCCUCGGAUGUACCAUCUGUGAUUCCGUCUGAAAGUCCAUCAAUGAUUCCAAGUACUAUUCCAAGUGAGAUGCCGUCUACUGCUUAUCAAGGAUGUUUUGUUGAAACGCCUGCAACUCCCAAGAUGGAUAUACUGCUAGGAGCAGCUUGGAAUGUUGGCAAUUGCACAGACCAAUGCGAAAGCUAUGGCUACAGGUAUGCCGGCUUGAGUGUUUCAAGCGUUGCUGAUCACACUUGCUACUGUGGCGAUUCGUAUGACGUGACGGCUCAAGUGAGCGAUGCCGAAUGUGAUAAUGAUUGCAGUGGGUCGUGUGGUGGUACUGAUAGAACCAGUGUUUACAUUGCCGGCAAUGAUCCUCCCCCUGCCGGAGGAAGCUAUACGUUUGAUUCAGACUUGUAUUGCGAUUGCCAUCUAGACUGGAAAAUUACUUGGACAGGCCCUAAACCAGAUUUGACAAACCAAGUGAGCUCGAACGCGUCGGUCAAAGGAUGCAUUGCUCUGUGCCGCCGCGAUGGUUUCAAGUAUGCCGGCCUCCACGACAAAUCUCAGUGCUACUGUGGCGACACAGUCAGUGGCAAUAGUUUCUUCGGUGGCUGCGCAUAUUCCUGCACUUACGGGACCCGGCUGUUCUGA